AUGGGCGGGUCGUCCGUCGCACCCGAGGCCCCACCGUUGUCGGAGCAGCUAGAGAGGAAGGCUAUGUGCGAACGGGCGAAGGACAUCUUGCGCCCGUGGGCUUUGAGUCCAUUCACGUCGAUGUGGCAACCGGUCUUCACCAAGGCUGGCCAACACGAGGGUAUCGGUGUGCUGAUGAACGUGAUAGGGGCUAUCGAGAGUGGGACCGAGAUCGAAACGGAGCGGACGAUCGUCAGGCAGUGCGACGACCUGGUCAGUCUCGCCUCGACCUCCAUGGUGGUGUCGGGUUUGGCGCUAACUUGCAGUAUCCCACUCGCCUUUACGCUGUUGUCAGCUGACCCCCUGCCCCUGGCUUCUGGCACCCUCGGCGGCGACGGUUGGGAUGCCCAGGGCAGCGGUGUCGAGGCCGCGGUCCGAUGGUAUGAGGGCUGGGUCACGCAUAAGUCCGCGCUGCACGCGUGUCACUGGCUCGAGAUGGUCUUACUGAGCCUCAGCGCUGGAUUCAAUUUCAGUGGCAUCGUCUUCUGUUUCUGCACUGUUGCGCAGUAUUCGCUGUACGUCCCGACGCUGGAUUCGAAGAUAUGGUGUCUGGUGGAUCAGUAUGAAGCUACGCAAUUCGCCUGGACGUAUCCGGUGCUCGGCAUCUUGUUUUUGGCCGCGGCGUUUCCAUUCGCGGCUGUGAGAGUUUCACCCGUGGCCACCUUGGGUGCUGCACUGCCAAUCACGAUGUUGCUUGUGAAGACAAGGUGGGUUUUUGGCUGGGGAACUAAAGCAGCCGCGCUACAGCACACGAUGGCGCGUCGGUUGUUGAAGAUCGACGGAGGCGGCGUCGGGAAGGGGUCGAUGUGA